GCCCCGGCUGGUGGCGACGGCGAGCGGCAGGGCUUCGCGGGCCGAGGAGCGCCAGGUCACUGGGGUGGGCAUCGGGGCGCGAAGUCCCGGCGCGGAGGGAUCUGGCGUGCGGUGACGGUUGGCGCGGUUCGGUCGGCGGAGGGCCCUGUGCAUUCGGAUCUGUGCCUGCCUCCGAGCUCACCAGCUUUCCUUCCCGGGUACCUGGAGUCCCCGGGCGGCUCCCAGUCCUGCCGACCAGCCACACUCAGCACCUCGCCCUGCUGGGGAAGACAGGCACCGUCUCCCUUCCAGUUCUAAUCUUCCAGCUCCGUGAAGAAAAAUGACCGGGCGAGCCAGAGCGAGAGCACGAGGAAGGGCUUGCGGUCAGGAGACGGUGCAGCACGUGGGGGCCGCUGCUAGUCAGCCCCCUGGCUUCAUCCAGCCUCGGCCUCAGCAGCCGGCAGCAGAGGGGGAGUUAGUUGGCCGUGGACGACAGAGAGGAGCAGGCGGAGCGCCGGCCAAGUCACAAGACCUCCAGAUAUCCGCUGGAUUUCAGGAGUUAUCGUUAGCAGAGAGGGGAGGUCGUCGUAGAGACUUUCAUGACCUUGGUGUUAACACAAGACAGAACCUAGACCACGUUAGAGAAUCAAAGACAGGGUCUUCAGGUAUUAUAGUAAGGCUGAGCACUAACCAUUUUCGACUGACGUCCCGUCCCCAGUGGGCCUUGUACCAGUAUCACAUUGACUACAACCCGCUGAUGGAGGCCAGAAGACUCCGCUCAGCUCUUCUGUUUCAACAUGAAGAUUUAAUUGGAAGGUGUCAUGCUUUUGAUGGAACAAUAUUAUUUUUACCUAAAAGACUACAGCACAAGGUUACUGAAGUAUUUAGUCAGACCCGAAAUGGAGAGCACGUGAGGAUAACGAUCACCUUAACAAAUGAGCUCCCACCUACAUCACCAACUUGUUUGCAGUUCUAUAACAUUAUCUUCAGGAGGCUCUUGAAGAUCAUGAAUUUACAACAAAUUGGACGGAAUUAUUAUAACCCAAGUGACCCAAUUGAUAUUCCAAAUCACAGGUUGGUGAUCUGGCCUGGCUUUACCACUUCCAUCCUCCAGUACGAAAAUAACAUCAUGCUUUGCACCGACGUCAGUCAUAAAGUCCUCCGGAGUGAAACCGUGUUAGACUUCAUGUUCAACCUGUACCAUCAAAUAGAAGAGCAUAAAUUUCAAGAACAAGUUUCCAAAGAACUGAUAGGCUUAAUUGUUCUUACCAAGUAUAACAAUAAAACAUACAGAGUAGAUGAUAUCGACUGGGACCAGAAUCCAAAGAGCACCUUCAAGAAAGCAGACGGCUCUGAAAUCAGUUUUCUAGAGUACUAUAGGAAGCAAUACAACCAAGAGAUCACGGACCUGAAGCAGCCUGUGUUGGUCAGUCAGCCCAAGAGGAGGCGAGGCCCUGGGGGCACCUUGCCGGGGCCCGCGAUGCUCAUCCCGGAGCUCUGCUAUCUCACAGGUCUAACUGAUAAGAUGCGCAACGAUUUUAACGUGAUGAAAGACUUAGCUGUCCAUACCAGACUAACUCCGGAACAGAGGCAGCGCGAAGUGGGAAGACUCAUUGACUACAUUCAUAAAGAUGAUAACGUUCAGAGGGAGCUUCGAGACUGGGGUUUGAGCUUUGACUCCAACUUACUGUCCUUCUCAGGAAGAAUUUUGCAAGCAGAAAAGAUUCACCAAGGUGGAAAAACAUUCGAUUACAAUCCACAAUUUGCAGAUUGGUCAAAAGAAACCAGAGGUGCACCAUUAAUUAGCGUGAAGCCACUAGAUAACUGGCUGUUGAUCUAUACUCGAAGGAAUUACGAAGCAGCCAAUUCGUUGAUACAGAAUCUAUUUAAAGUUACACCAGCCAUGGGCAUACAAAUGAAAAAAGCAAUAAUGAUUGAAGUGGAUGACAGAACUGAAGCUUACCUGAGAGUCCUGCAGCAGAAGGUCACAUCAGAUACCCAGAUAGUUGUUUGUCUGUUGUCGAGUAAUCGGAAAGACAAAUACGAUGCUAUAAAAAAAUACUUGUGUACAGAUUGCCCUACUCCAAGUCAGUGUGUGGUAGCCCGGACCCUGGGCAAGCAGCAGACAGUCAUGGCCAUUGCGACCAAGAUCGCCCUGCAGAUGAACUGCAAGAUGGGAGGGGAGCUCUGGAGGGUCGAUAUGCCCCUGAAGCUGGCGAUGAUCGUUGGCAUCGAUUGUUACCAUGACACCACAGCUGGACGGAGGUCAAUUGCAGGAUUUGUGGCGAGCAUCAACGAAGGGAUGACCCGCUGGUUCUCUCGCUGCGUCUUUCAAGAUCGAGGACAAGAGCUGGUCGACGGUCUCAAGGUCUGCCUCCAAGCUGCCCUGAGGGCUUGGAACAGCUGUAACGAGUACAUGCCCAGCCGGAUCGUCGUGUACCGGGACGGCGUCGGCGACGGCCAGCUCAAAACCCUGGUGAACUACGAAGUGCCGCAGUUCCUGGACUGCCUCAAGUCUGUCGGGAGAGGCUACAACGAAUACUUCUUUGUGAACUCGACUGGCACUGAUGUCUUACUCCGUCCGUGGGGAUGGCGUGCACGUGCGAGGGACACACUGGUCCUCCCCGAGCACCCCGCCUGUGCCCUUGCAGACCGUGCUGCUCUCUGCCUUCCUCCGCUCCCCCGCGGGAGCGAGACUGUGCCGUCUCCACACGGCCCUUUGGAGGAGUUACGUUUUGCUAGUCUGUCGGGUGGUGAGCAGGCUGACGUCCGUCCGGACCGUUGUGUCAGGGGCUCACUGGUGCAGAAUGACGGCCGGCGGAGUCAGUGUCGAAGGAGCCCCAGAAGUUCCGAGAGGCCUGUUUGUGCGUUCAGCCAGCAGUUGGUAUCGUUGCAGAAAGGAGGGCGUCGGAGAGCCCUUGAGGGCACCUGUGGGCUGGGCGCCCGGAGCCGCUUGCUUCGCUGGAGCGGAGGGUACUUCCGGGUCGGCCUCGGCCAGCUUCUCGGUGUUGAUGGCACCCGUUUCUUAGACCCAAGACUAACAGUAAUUGUGGUGAAAAAACGAGUGAACGCCCGAUUUUUUGCUCAGUCUGGAGGAAGACUUCAAAACCCACUUCCUGGAACAGUUAUUGAUGUGGAAGUUACCAGACCAGAGUGGUAUGACUUUUUUAUCGUGAGCCAGGCGGUGAGAAGCGGCAGCGUCUCGCCCACGCACUACAAUGUCAUCUACGACAACAGCGGCCUGAAGCCGGACCACAUACAGAGGCUGACGUACAAGCUGUGUCACGUCUAUUACAACUGGCCGGGCGUCAUCCGGGUCCCGGCUCCUUGUCAGUACGCCCACAAACUGGCUUUCCUCGUGGGCCAGAGCAUUCACAGGGAGCCCAACCUGUCACUGUCCAACCGCCUGUACUACCUCUGACCUCCACCAGAGGACGACACACAGCGGUUUCUGUGUUGGGAAUGUAACGUCGGGCUUUUCUUAAGCCUUUUCUUUCUUUUAGCUGUUAUCUUUCUAGAUGAAACUUGGGGAAGGAAUUAGGUCUGGAGUCUUAUUUCUAGCAUUGCUACUUGACUGGCUUAUAGGUAAAAAUUCAAAUUUUAUAUUUUCUCUUGUUUGUUUCCUCAGCUACAGUGUGAGGAUUUUUGUUUUGGAGAAAGAUAUGGAUAAGGUGCUUUGUAUUGUAAACAGACUUUUAGACUAUUUGAAAAGUGGGGAUUUACUCAAAAGUACUUUCAGGAGUGAGCAAGUCCUUCUUCGUAAGCCUUACGUUAAUUAUCUUCUUUUUGAAAUAUUUUCAUUUAAGGAAGCUCACUAGAACUGUAAGGUGGGGUUUUAUUUGGGUAUCUGAUCUAUUUUAGAGAUGAAAGCUGCCAUUAAAUAACCUGUACAAGGUGUGGGAACUGUAUGAGACUCUGUGGAGAAGUAGGCUAAUUUUUUAUUUCAUUUUGGGGCUAGGUGGUAUAGGGGUUAAAAGAAGGUGGUUGAAAAGUUUUAAAUUUCUGUCCAAAGAAACAUUUUAAGACUCUUAAGAGGUCAGUAAUCUAGAUUAACAUUACGAGUCGUUUUGCAACUGAGACAUUAUUCUGCUUGUUAUAGAAUAAAAUUGGAUUGUUACCCUGUUC